GCUUAGCAGCCGCUGCCGCUAUUACUCGCUAGAGAUCAGUGGGCGGUAUCCAGUGUCCGAUUGGAACCGCGCUGGCGAGCCGUCAGGCGUGGCGGCGGGGCUCGGCUGGGUGGGUGCGGUAGCUGAGGGGCCGCCGCUGGAUGCCAGGUUUGGUUUAGCUCCUGUCUCUCAGAAUCAGUGGUCAAUUUCAGCCUUCCAAGCAUCGCACGCUUUGGUGAAAGUAAAGCACAGUGAAAGAAUUCAAGAUGCCACCUAAUAUAAACUGGAAAGAAAUAAGAAAAGUUGACCCAGAUGAGUUGCCUCGUCAAGAAGAAUUGGCAGAUAAUUUAUUGAUUUCCUUAUCUAAGGUGGAAGUAAAUGAGCUAAAAAGUGAAAGUCAAGAAAAUAUGAUACACCUUUUCAGAAUUACUCAGUCUCUAAUGAAGAUGAAAGCUCAAGAAGUAGAGCUAGCUUUGGAAGAAGUUGAAAAAGCUGGAGAAGAACAAGCAAAAUUUGAAAAUCAAUUAAAAACUAAAGUAAUGAAACUGGAAAAUGAACUGGAGAUGGCACAGCACUCUGCAGGUGGACGUGACACUCGCUUUUUACGUGAUGAAAUUCGCCAACUUGAAAAGCAAUUGGAACAAAAAGAUAGAGAAUUGGAGGACAUGGAAAAAGAGUUAGAGAAAGAAAAGAAAGUUAAUGAGCAAUUGGCUCUUCGAAAUGAGGAGGCAGAAAAUGAAAACAGCAAAUUAAGGAGAGAGAACAAACGUCUAAAGAAAAAGAAUGAACAGCUUCGUCAGGAUAUUAUUGACUAUCAAAAACAAAUAGAUUCGCAAAAAGAAACCCUUUCAUCAAGAAGAGAAGACAGUGACUACCGGUCACAAUUGUCUAAAAAAAACUAUGAACUUGUCCAAUAUCUAGAUGAAAUUCAGACUUUAACAGAAGCUAACGAGAAACUUGAACUUCAGAAUCAAGAAAUGAGAAAAAAUCUAGAAGAGUCUGUACAGGAAAUGGAGAAGAUGACUGAUGAAUAUAAUAGGAUGAAAGCUAUUGUGCAUCAGACAGAUAAUAUAAUGGACCAGUUAAAAAAAGAAAAUGAUCAUUACCAGCUUCAAGUGCAGGAGCUUACAAAUCUUCUGAAAGCAAAAAAUGAAGAAGAUGAUCCAAUCAUGGCAGCUGUCAACGCAAAAGUAGAAGAAUGGAAGUUAAUUUUGUCUUCUAAAGAUGAUGAAAUUAUUGAGUACCAGCAAAUGUUACAUAACCUGAGGGAGAAACUGAAAAAUGCCCAGCUUGAUGCCGAUAAAAGUAAUAUUAUGGCUCUACAACAGGGUAUACAAGAACGAGAUAGUCAAAUUAAGAUGCUCACUGACCAAGUAGAGCAAUAUACAAAAGAAAUGGAAAAAAAUACUUUUAUUAUUGAAGAUUUGAAAAAUGAGCUCCAAAGAAACAAAGGAGCUUCAGCACUUUCUCAACGGACUCAUUAUAUGAAAAUUCAGUCUAAGGUUCAAAUUUUAGAAGAGAGAACUAAAGAGGCUGAGAGAACAGCUGAACUGGCUGAGGCUGAUGCUAGGGAAAAGGAUAAAGAACUAGUUGAGACUCUGAAGCGAUUAAAAGAUUAUGAAUCGGGAGUUUAUGGCUUAGAAGAUGCUGUUAUUGAAAUAAAGAAUUGUAAAAACCAAAUUAAAAUAAGAGAUCAAGAGAUUGAAGUAUUGACAAAGGAAAUCAAUAAACUUGAAUUGAAGAUCAAUGAUUUCCUUGAUGAGAAUGAGGCACUUAAAGAGCGUAUGGGCCUUGAACCAAAGACAAUGAUUGAUUUAACUGAAUUCAGAAAUAGCAAAAGUUUAAAACAGCAGCAGUACAGAGCUGAAAACCAGAUUCUUUUGAAAGAGAUUGAAAGCCUAGAGGAAGAAAGACUUGAUCUGAAGAAAAAACUUCGUCAAAUGGCUCAAGAAAAAGGAAAAAGAACUGCAACUUCAGGAUUAACUGUUGAGAACCUGAACCUAACUGAAGACUUUUCUCAAGAGAAUAAAAUGGAAGGAAGAAAAUUUGAUUUCAUUAGCCUCAAAAAUAUGAGUGAAGCACAAUCAAAGAUAAAUAGUAAGAAUGAAUUUCUUUCAAGAGAACUAAUUGAAAAAGAAAGAGAUUUAGAAAGAAGUAGAACAAUAAUAGCCAAGUUUCAGAAUAAAUUAAAAGAAUUAGUUGAAGAAAAUAAGCAACUUGAAGAAGGUAUGAAAGAAAUAUUGCAAGCUAUUAAGGAAAUGCAGAAAGAUCCUGAUGUUAAAGGAGGGGAAACAUCUCUAAUUAUUCCCAGUCUUGAAAGACUAGUUAAUGCUAUAGAAUCAAAGAAUGCAGAAGGAAUAUUUGAUGCCAAUCUGCAUUUAAAAGCCCAAGUUGAUCAACUUACUGGAAGGAAUGAAGAAUUAAGACAGGAGCUCAGGGAAUCUCGGAAGGAGGCUAUAAAUUAUUCUCAGCAGUUGACAAAAGCAAAUUUAAAGAUAGAUCAUCUUGAAAAAGAGACCAGUCUUUUACGACAAUCAGAAGGAUCAAAUGUUGUGUUUAAAGGAGUAGACUUACCUGAUGGGGUAGCACCAUCUAGUGCCAAUAUCAUUAAUUCUCAGAAUGAAUAUUUAAUACAUAUCUUACAGGAACUAGAAUAUAAAGAAAAUAAGUUAAAGAAUUUAGAAGAUUCUCUUGAAGACUAUAACAGAAAAUUCGCAGUAAUUCGUCAUCAACAGAGCUUAUUAUAUAAAGAAUACCUAAGUGAAAAGAAGACCUGGAAAACAGAAUCUGAAACAAUGAAAGAGGAAAAGAGAAAACUUGAGGAUCAAAUCCAACAAGAUGCUAUAAAAAUAAAAGAAUAUAAUAAUUUGCUCAGUGCUCUUCAGAUGGAUUCAGAUGAAAUGAAAAAAACACUUUCAGAAAAUAGCAGAAAGCUCACAGUCUUACAAGUGAAUGAAAAGUCACUCAUAAGGCAGUAUACUACUUUAGUAGAAAUGGAGAGACAGCUUAGAAAAGAAAAUUGGAAACAGAAGAAUGAAUUGGUAUCAAUGGAGGCUGAAGUUGGUGAAAAAAUUGGACGUUUGCAACGUUUUAAGGAAAUGGCUGUUUUCAAGAUUGCAGCACUCCAAAAAGUUAUAGAUAAUAGUGUCUCUCUGUCUGAACUAGCAUUGGCCAAUAAACAAUACAAUGAACUGACUGCUAAGUACAGAGACAUCUUGCAAAAAGAUAAUAUGCUUGUUCAAAGAACAAAUAACUUGGAACACCUAGAGUGUGAAAAUGCAUCCCUAAAAGAACAAAUGGAGUCUGUAAGUAAAGAACUGGAGAUUACCAAGGAAAAACUUCACACUAUUGAACAAGCCUGGGAACAAGAAACUAAAUUAGGAAAUGAAUCUAACAUGGAUAAGGCAAAGAAAUCAAUAACCAAUAGUGAGAUUGUUUCUAUUUCAAAAAAAAUCACUAUGCUGGAGAUGAAGGAAUUAAAUGAAAGGCAGCGGGCUGAACAUUCUCAAAAAAUGUAUGAACAUGUGAAGACUUCAUUGAAGCAAGUGGAAGAACGUAAUUUUGAAUUGGAAACCAAAUUUGCUGAGCUUACCAAAAUCAAUUUGGAAGCGCAGAAAGUGGAACAGAUGUUAAGAGAUGAAUUAGCUGAUAGUGUGAGCAAGACAGUAAGUGACGCUGAUAGGCAACAUAUUCUAGAAUUAGAGAAGAGUGAAAUGGAACUAAAAGUUGAAGUAUCAAAACUAAAAGAGAUUUCUGACAUUGCCAAAAGGCAAGUUGAAAUUUUGAAUGCACAACAACAGUCCAGGGAAAAGGAAGUAGAGUCCAUCAGAAUGCAGCUGUUAGACUAUCAGGCACAGUCUGAUGAAAAGGCACUAAUUGCCAAGCUGCACCAACACGUUGUCUCUCUUCAAGUUAGUGAGGCUACCGCUCUUGCUAAGUUGGAGUCGGUUACGUCUAAGCUGCAGAAGAUGGAGGCCCAUAAUUUGCGCUUAGAGCAGAAACUUGAUGAAAAAGAACAAGCUCUCUAUUCUGCCCGUUUGGAGGGGAGAAACAGAGCAACACAUCUGCGCCAAACAAUUCAGUCUCUACGACGGCAAUUUAGUGGAGCUUUACCCUUGGCACAGCAGGAAACGUUCUCUAAAACAAUGAUUCAGUUACAAAACGACAAACUGAAGAUAAUGCAAGAAAUGAAAAAUUCUCAACAAGAACAUAGAAAUAUGAAGAACAAAACACUGGAGAUGGAAUUAAAGUUAAAGGGGCUGGAAGAGUUAAUAAGCACUUUAAAGGAUGCCAGGGGAGCCCAAAAGGUAAUCAUUUGGCAUACGAAGAUAGAAGAACUCCGUCUUCAAGAGCUUAAACUCAGUCGAGAAUUAGUCAAAGAUAAAGAAGAAAUAAAAUAUUUGAAUAAUAUAAUUUCUGAAUAUGAGCAUACAAUCAGUAGUCUGGAGGAAGAUAUUGUGCAGCAGAAUAAGUUUCACGAAGAAAGACAAAUGGCCUGGGAUCAGAGAGAAGUUGAGCUAGAACGUCAACUAGAUGUUUUUGACCGUCAGCAAAAUGAAAUACUAAAUGCAGCACAAAAGUUUGAAGAGGCUACAGGAUCAAUGCCAGACCCUAGUUUGCCCCUUCCAAAUCAACUUGAGAUUGCUCUAAGAAAAAUUAAGGAGAAUAUUCGAAUAAUCCUAGAAACACAGGCAACGUGCAAAUCACUAGAAGAGAAGCUAAAUAAAAAAGAAUCUGCUUUACGGUUAGCAGAGGAAAAUAUUCUGUCAAGAGACAAAGUAAUUAAUGAACUGAGGCUUCGAUUGCCUGCCACUGCAGAACGAGAAAAGCUUAUAGCUGAGCUAGGAAGAAAAGAGGUGGAACCAAAAUCUCAUCACACAUUGAAACUUGCUCAUCAGACCAUUGCAAACAUGCAAGCAAGGUUAAAUCAAAAGGAAGAAGUGUUAAAGAAGUAUCAACAUCUUCUAGAAAAAGCCAGAGAGGAACAAAGAGAAAUUGUUAAGAAACAUGAAGAGGAACUUCAUAUUCUUCAUCAUAAAUUAGAACUACAGGCUGAUAGUUCACUCAGUAAAUUCAAAGAAGCAACUUGGGAUUUAAUAAAACAGUCUCCUACUCCAGUUCCUACCAACAAGCAUUUUAUUCAUUUGGCUGAGAUGGAACAGAGAGUAGCAGAACAAGAUGACUCUCUCUCCUCACUUGUGAUCAAACUAAAAAAUGUAUCUCAGGAUUUAGAGAGACAAAGAGAAGUCACUGAAUUAAAAGUCAAAGAGUUUGAAAAUAUCAAAUUACGGCUCCAAGAAAAUCAUGCAGAUGAAGUGAAACAAAUAAAAGCACAAGUAGAGGAUUUGAGGUGUCUUCUGGCCCAGUCACAAAAAGAGUCGCAGAGUUUAAAAUCUGAACUUCAGGCUCAAAAAGAAGCAAAUUCAAGAGCUCCAACAACUACAAUGAGGAAUCUAGUAGAAAGGCUGAAGAGCCAAUUAGCCCUGAAAGAGAAACAACAAAAAGCCCUUAGUCGGGCACUUUUGGAACUUCGGGCAGAAAUGACAGCAGCAGCUGAAGAACGUAUUAUUUCCACGACUUCUCAGAAAGAGGCAAAUCUCAAUGUUCAACAGAUUGUUGAUCAACAUACUAAAGAGCUAAAGUCACAAGUUGAAGAUUUAGGUGAAAAAAUUUUAAAACUUAAAGAAGCUCUUAAAACAAGUAAAAACAGAGAGAACUUACUAACUGAUAAUUUGAAUGACCUAACCAGUGAACUACAAAAAAACCAAAAAGCCUAUAAUAAAAUGCUUAGAGAGAAAGAUGGAAUUGAUCAAGAGAAUGAUGAACUGAAAAGGCAAAUUAAAAGAUUAACCAGUGGAUUACAGGGCAAAGCUCUGAUAGAUAACAAACAAAGUUUAAUUGAAGAACUCCAAAAGAAAAUUAAAAAGCUAGAAAGCCAACUGGAAAAAAAGGUGGAUGAGGUAGAAAUAAAACCUAUGAAAGAAAAGAGUGCCAAAGAAGAAGUAAUUAGGUGGGAAGAAGGUAAAAAAUGGCAAACCAAAAUAGAGGGAAUUCGAAACAGGUUAAAAGAGAAAGAGGGGGAAGUCUGUAUUCUAACAAAGCAAUUGAAUACUUUGAAGGAUCUUUUUGCCAAAGCUGAUAAAGAGAAACUUACUUUGCAGAGGAAACUAAAAACAACUGGCAUGACUGUUGAUCAUGUUAUGGAAGUGCGAGCAUUGGAGUCAGAAAAAGAGUUAGAAGAAUUAAAAAAGAGAAAUCUUGACCUAGAAAAUGACAUAUCAUAUAUGAGGACCCAUCAGGCUCUUCCUCGAGAUUCUGUUAUAGAAGAUUUACGCUUACAAAAUAAAUACCUCCAAGAAAAGCUUCAUGCUUUAGAAAAACAGUUUUCAAAGGAUGCAUAUUCUAGGCCUUCAAAUCUGUUAUGUGAUGCAGCUACGCUUUCUCCUCUUGCUACCAGUGUUAAUAAAUACAGGCAUAAUAUUUUUCACAAAAAGAACAAUUUACACAGGAACCAAAAAAAACCCAUAACAGUACUCAGAAUUAAAAAUAGGAAAGGAAUAGAUGUUAGGGACAACUUAUAUCAUCAGGUACCUAGGAAUAUUCUACAGUGUUACAGUAAUGAAGAAAAACACAAAGCAGAAGAUAUUGUAGAUCCUACGGAGUUAACUAAAUCUGAGUCAAGACCAAAUAAUAAAUCAAGUCCAUUUAGGUCAACUAAUGGUACCUUGACGGAUUUUAACUCCAAUUUUGAAAAGGAACCAGAUUGUAAAGUUGAAAAAAUUAAUCAAGACUGUUGUGAAAAUAAUAAACAGGAAUAUAAAAACAAGGAAGAGAAUGAGCUAGGCAAGAAUGAGAAAGAAAAGGGACACAUAGCUGAAGAUGUGAGUCACAACAACCACAUGGAUCCAGAAGAAUCUGCUGGGGAGGACUGUGGUUACGCCAAAAGCACUGCUGCAGUGAGGCAGUGUGCUGAGGAGGAUGCACAGGCAAACUCUGAAACUGAUGUGUCAGUCCAGCCAAGAAAUGAAGCGUCCCAGGUUUGAGUACAUGGCAGUCCUUUAUUCCUCUCUUGGCUGAGUUUUCUCAUAGCAAGUGGUGUACAUAUAUGGUGCAAAUGGAAACAAAUUGUGUAGGAUUUGUAAAGAAUAUUAAUUGUUAAUAAACUUCUCCUUAAACCCUAAUAUUUGACUAGUUCCUACAAAAACUUAGUGGUUGUACAUUUCCCGAUUCAUUUUAGUACUCACUGUUUUACCAUUGGUAUUGGUAUUACCAUUAGUACUCACUGUUUUACCAAGUAUUAGAUUAGGUAACAGAAUAACGAAAAUAAGGCACUUUAGAUGAGUUCGUUUUGCCUUAGAAAUUCCUGCUUCAGCAUGCUGUAAAAUCUCACUGCGAGUAAAAUUUCACUACAAUGAAUAAUAUCAGUAAAAAUCUGUUAUGAUGCUGUGUAACAUUCUAACAUAUAUAGCAAGUUCCUUUAAUGGUCUUUUUGCCUUGUAACAGAUACUUUUUUAUAAUGAGAAAAGGAAGCUUACAUGUAUUGCCUAGGUAUAGUUUUCACAAUACUCUGCAGAGAAUUAUUUCUACUUUAUGUGGGAAGCUUGGAGAAUAAGUAACAUCUCUAGUGAUCAAGAAGAUGCAGAACCAGGAUUUAAAUGGAGGUCUGAUUCUACAGUUUAUGAACUUUCUACAUACACACACUAAGUUUGGUCAAUUUAUUCAACAGAAUAAGAAGUUUGUUCCCAGUUGAAAUCAAAUAGCAUUCAUUCAUUCAUUCAUUCCUUUCCACUUCAGAUAUUCCAGUCACCUAAGUCCUCAUUCUCAUUAAAUCAGACAUUUAAAUUAAGAGAAAAUGGAUGAAAAUGUCUUAAUUCUUAUUUCGUUUCCUUAUCCAGGUACAUAAUGCUUCUUUUUUUCACUUGAUAAUAAGUAAUUGAGAAUUUGAGACUUCCACUGUCUGUUAUCACUAACUCUCAUCCACUAAGAAUUUGACUUUUGGCAGUGUAUACCUUUUAACAGGAUUCUCCUUCUAUAGAGCAAUUUGGAAGUCCCCCCAAAAUUGAUUACACAAGAAUUUUAUUUAUUUUACUUUUAUAGAAGUUUCACUAGAAUUUAUUUUCCAAAAAUUUGGACAAUCUCAACUAAUACUUUUAGUUUUGUUUUCUGAGAAUAGGAGGAAAAAAAUGAUCCACAUUCACUUACACAAAGAAUUGCAUCCAUAUUUUAGUGAGGAGAACUGUUGAAAAAAUUCAGCAGUUCAUGUAAUAUCAUCAGAUAGAAUUAUUCUCUUCUGUGAAUGAAAUUUAGUACAUUUUAUGUCUAUCAGUUAGGGGUACUUAUUAACCCUUAUUAAAUAGCUAUCAUAGACUGAAGAGGUGAAGUAAGGGAGACAGAACAGCUCAGGGAUAGGGAACUAUAGAUUUCCAUGUCCGAAACGGGAAAGGCCACAACAGUGAGAGGCCCAUGUACCGCAAAAAAAAAACACAACAAAAAACAGAGGAUGUUGCAGGUGGCAUGAUUUGCCUAGGGUUAACCUUAAUAGUAGUAGAAUCAGAAUGUAUACUUGGGUUAUCUGACAGAGAAUAAGUAGGAACAUAUUGCUAUAGUUUACUGACACCAUGAAAUAUGUCCUUUUUCUUGCCACUGUAUAUGUUCAUACGCACACACAUUCCCUCAAACAGUUAGAAAUCAGGUAGAUACAUGCAGUGUAUGCCCUCAGGUCAGAAUCAAAGGUCAGCCCAGAAUUUCUUUACAUUUCUGUCUCCUAUUUUCUAAUUUCUUUACUUUUACUGCGUUUUACCUAAGAAAACUUUUUCUUUUUUUUACUUUUUUUUUAACCUAAUGGUGAAAAUGUCAGAAUGUAUUUAACCUACUGCUAAUUAAAAAGAUGUUACAGAGCCAUGUAUAAUAAAUGUAUUUAUAGAAUAUUAUACUUUAAUAAUAAUGUAAUGUGUAAUAUAUAAAUAUAUUAUAUAAUAAUAUGAUAAUCAUCAUAAUGUCUGUGGAGUUAUUGAGUUGAUCGUCAAUCAAGCCAAUAGAGAAUGGAAUGGAGGAGAAAAAAACUAAAGCUGUUCUGAGUGCUUUCACAAAAUUAUCUCAUAUAAUGCUCUUAAUAAGUUUAUGAGGGUAAGGGGUAUUCUACCCACUUUAUAGGAAAAAGUAACCAAGCACAGAUUUCUCUUUCAAAUAAUCUAUAGCUUAGAAUGAUAACUGAAAUUGAACAUAAAUAAUAACCCAAGGUGGAUUCAUGCCAAAAGAAAUGCAAAUAAAGUGUUACUGGAUUUCAGAGGAGGGAGUGAUUACUUUAGCUCAAGGAAUGAUGAAUAGCUUUCUAAAGGAGAAGGAAUUGAGGCACUUUUUGUAGGCUUGUAGAUUUGUUUGCUAGGGCCACCAUAACAAAACACCACGGAGUUGAUGGCUUAAACAACAGAAAUGUAUUCUCUCACUUCUGAAAGGCGGAAGUCCAAAAUCAAGGUAUCGGCAGAGUUGAUUGCUUCUUUAGGCCUUGGGGGAAGGAUCUGUUCCAGACCUCUCUCCUUGGCUCAUAGAUGGCUAGCUUCUCCCUGUCUCUACAGUGUCUCCCUUCUAUGUAUGUCUGUAUGUUCACAUUUCCCUUUGGUAUAAGAACAUCAGACCUUGUUGGAUUAAGGCCCACCCUAAUGACCCUGUUUUAACUUAGUUAUCUCUGAAAAGGCCCUAUCCCCAAAUAAGGUCAUUCUGAGGUACUGAGUGUUAGGACUUCACAUAUGAAUUUGGGGCUGGGUAGGGGUUGGGGCAUGAGACAAUCUGUAACAGGUAACAGUACUUUAUUUUUGGAUGGAAGGACCACUACAAAUUCGUUUAGUCAUUAUGAGAGUAUAUAUGGAGGCAUUAUAUGUGUAGACAUUAUUAAAUCACACUGACUUUGCUUUCUGUAUUAAUUACAACAGACUGAUUACCUUUUCUCAUGUGAGUUUGUUUGUUCGUUUAUGGUUGUUUUCUCUAGAGCUCUCCAAUUUUCU